UCAAGAUUAUAUUCAAAACCCUCUUCUCAUUUCCACCCAAAACACAUAGGAGUAUACACACACAUACUUUGCUCUGUGUCUUCUCAUUUUCUUCAUUCUUGAUCUCAUGGCAGACAAGCGGGAAGCUCAACCCAUUUUAGAGAGUGUAGAAGAGAAAAAAAUUCCAGUGUUUACAGUGCUAAAGAACGGUGCCAUUCUCAAGAACAUUUUCCUCCUUGACAACCCCCCUUCAUCUUCUUCUUCAAAUCAAGAAACAUCAGAAUUUGAAGAGAUUUUGGUGGUUGGUAGACACCCAGAUUGUAACAUUACGUUGGAACAUCCAAGCAUCAGCAGAUUUCACCUCCGUAUCCACUCUAAACCCUCCCUUCACUCCCUCUCUGUUACUGAUCUCUCUUCAGUUCAUGGGACAUGGAUUUCUGGUAAGAAAAUCGAAUCAGGAGCUCGAGUGGAGUUGAAAGAAGGUGAUAGGAUGCAGCUUGGAGGUUCAAGCAGGGUUUACAGGCUUCACUGGGUUCCAAUCAGCCGCGCAUAUGAUAUGGAGAAUCCAUUUGUACCAGAAAACACACAGGAGGAACAACAUCAGGAGGAGAGUGGCUUUUCUCCCCAGAAUGACCAAAUCCAGAAAGAGGAUGAUGAUAUGGUGCAGGGUUUAGACUCAUCAUUUUCUGGUAUGAGUUCGUUACCGCGUGUGAGUAGUUUGACCCCACCAGCUCCUCCACUGCUUGAGAAAAUGAGUUCUCCAUUUCCUGAUAAAUACGAGGCAGCAAACAGAAAUAAUCUACCUGGGAAUAUCCAUGAAAAAGGUGAAAUUAGUUUGCUGCAGCCUGCUUCUUACCAACCUGACAAUGAAAAUAGUGCACCAGAAGCGCUUCUUGACUCAGAACAGUCCAAAACAGAAAAUGUAGUAGAUGGUACCCCGGAAAGAUCACCGCAAAGAUGUUCAAGCAUUUGGUCUAGAAGGGGAAAACUUUUCAGUGUUCAGAUUCAAACUGGUAGAGAUAGGGCAAUGAAUGAAAAAGUUGACAUGGAAACUGAAGUUGAAUCGCUUAAUCGUGAAAGAGCAGGAAUUAAAUCAGUUUCUAAAUAUAGGGCAAUGAAUGAAAAAGUUGACAUGGAAACUGAAGUUGAAUCGCUUAAUCGUGAAAGAGCAGGAAUUAAAUCAGUUUCUAAAGAUCUUUUUGCUAGUGAAAACAAGGAUAAAGAGGAAGAGGUCUUUACUCCUGACAAAGAGAACAGUACUCCUAGUUCUCUCUUCCUUGGGUCCAUGAAGAAAUCGUGUCUUUCUGAGAUGACAAAUGGAUCAGAUAGUAAGUCUGUGCUUUCUAAUAUGGAUGAGAACCAAGAGAUUUUCACUCCGGACAAGGAGAAUAGGACACCAAACACUCGUUUGCUGAGGACGAUGAAGAAGAUGGGAAGCCAGCAUCAAGUUAAGCAUCCAAAACCCUUUAAAUUUUCAUCUCUGAAAAAAGUGGUUGAGCCAAUGGCCAGUCGAGCUGAAGGUCUUGUAUCCCACAAAAAAGAGAAGCUAGGAUCAACUCUAGGAUCAACUACUAAAUCAACAUGGUCUGAUAUGGAUGACAAUGAUGAAGAAAUGUUCACUCCAGAUAAAGAAAAUAUGACACCUGGUACUCAUUUUAUGAGAUCAAUGAAGAAGAUAGCAAUGUUGGAAGAUGUUCAGCAUCUAGAAGCGUUUAAAUUUCCUCUGAACAGUGUAGUUGAUUCCAUAUUCCAUCAAAAUGGAACUCCAAACCUUGCUUCCAGAAAUCUAGAGAGAUCAGAGGUAAACACAGUGAAGAACAGAAUGGAUAGAGUGCCUUUUCAGUCACUUCUUGUGAACAGCCCUGCAAAGACCAGCUCAAUAUCUCCACACGAGGACGUUAAGUUGAGUGGCAGUCCAAUCAAGUAUCGAGAGACUAAGGAGGCAUGCCCCUUCUCUAAUAACAGUGUCGUGGAACAGAAUAGGACGUGGACCAUGGUAGUAGACACUGGUUCUUUGCUGAAUAAAGAAUCAAGGAAAAGUUUGCAGCUGCUGCAAGGUCUCAAGGGGACAUACCUGAUAAUACCAAGAACCGUUAUAAGAGAAUUGGAUUGCAUGAAAAGGCGUGCUAGUUUGUUUAGAAGGACAACAGAGGUAUCUGCAGCAUUAGAAUGGAUAGAAGACUGCAUGGUAAAUGUAAAGUCAUGGAUUCAUGUACAGAGUUGCGCGGAAGAAACAAGAUCAGUGGCGCCAACUCCUCCUGCUACUUCUCCAUUGUCUUUGUUCAGUGAGGAGAAUGGCAUGUUCCCUAUUGGUGGUUCUCUUCCAUUUUCUCCACAGAGUGGUCUAAUGGAAUCUGCCUCGCCCACAGCAGAAGAUCAUAUCCUUGAAUAUGCCCUCUUCUUCAAAAUAACCAACAAGAACGGACAACUCGUCCUCCUUAGCAAUGAUCUUACCAUGAAAAUCAAGGCCAUGGCAGAAGGUUUGAACUGUGAGACAGCAGAAGAGUUUCGCGAGAGCUUAGUGAACCCAUUCUCUGAGCGGUUUCUUUGGAAGGACAGUUCUCCUAGGGGAAGGACUUGGUCAUGCGAGGAUGACUUUGUUCUUAGGGAAACAUACUACCGUGGCCCUCCAAAAAAGACUGGAGAAGCUGCAAAAGGGUUGAAGCUCAUAUUGCUCCAUAAUUCUCAUUAUAGGCACAUAUGUUCAGCCAGCUGAACCAAUUGUGUUAGCUGUUUGCUGUUGUACAGCCCUUCUCUUCAGAUUGAAUCGUUCAUGCUAUGCUCUCAAGUGCCAAUGUUUCACCAUUUUUGGAACCUUUUGUUAUUGCAAUAAAAUGGUUGUUUGCUUCUUUUUUUUUGUGAA